AUGAAGGGUCAACAAGGAGAAGGAAGGGUCUGCAAGGAACACGAAGGGUCAACAAGGAGAAGGAAGGGUCUGCAAGGAGCAGGAAGGGUCAGCAAGGAGCUGGAAUGUAAAACAGCAGAAAGGUAAAGUAGAAGGAGUAGAAAGGGUCAGCAAGGAGCUGAAAAUAGCAGCAAGGAGCAGGAAGGGAUAGAAGGAGCACAAUGGUGAAGCAGGCGAAGGAACAGAAAUGAGCAGGAAGGGUCUGCAAGGAGAAGGAAGGGUCUGCAAGGGGCAGCAAUGAGUAGGAAGGGUCUGCAAGGAGAAGGAAGGGUCUGCAAAGAGCAGAAAGGGGCAGAAGGAACACAAAGGUAAAGGAAUCAGAAGGAGCACAGAGGUAAAGUAGAAAAAGGAGCAGAAAAGGGUAACAAGGAGCAGAAAGGGACAGCAAGGAGCACAAAUGUAAAGUAGGAGAAGGAGCAGAAAGGGUCUGCAAGGAGCAGAAAGAUCAGAGAGAGACAGGUGCAGGAGGAGGAGCACAAUAAGCAGAAAGUAGCAGAAAGGUAAAGGAGCAGAAGGAGGAGAGAAGACAGUGUCAGAAGAAAAAGAAGACUGUGUCAAAUGAAGGAGAAGAAAAGGAGAUUGGAGCAGGAAGGACAAGUGAAGUGAACCCUCCACUUUAUUCUGGACACCACAUCAUAAGGCUUUGGUACCUGGGCCUGGCAGGGAAACGUUGGACCUUCUCAUUUACUGAGUGUCAGGAAGCACAGAGGGCCACUGGGGAGGGAUGUCGCUGACUGGCUAGAGCGGUCAGCUGGCACUCUAAGCCAAUCAGUAGCUCCCCAUUCAUAAAAAAGUAAAACAUUUUUAUGAACCAGGAAUUAGCGAUUGGCUUAGAGUGUCAACCGACCACUCUAGCCAAUCUGUAGCACCCAUGCCUGAUGUCAAUCUGCACUUUCUGACACUCUGUUUCAGAAGCCGAAUACCACUGAGCGACCUGGAAAUCUGGAGCUGGAGGAAGCCUUUGGGGUUAAACCAUUUGAGAGAGGUUUAACUCCUUAAAGGAAAGAGAGCACCAAGGGGCUUCAUGGCAUCAUAGCAUUUUCAUUUAGAUGAAGUUGUUAUGGUGACCAGAAUGUUCCUUUAAUUUGCUUAAAGGAACACUGUAGUGUCAAGAAUACAAACAUGUAUUCCUGACACCAUAGUUGUGAAAAUGCUAUUCACCCUGGCUUUAUGUGAUAAUGACUAUGCUCCUCCCCUUCAUGACACUGUCAAAAAGGGACCAAGCAUUGAUGUCAUUACAAUUAUGCCCCCCACUGGAAAAAUUCCUGUGGACGCCCAUGUAUAGGAAAAAGUUAUAACCAACGUUAUCUACUUAUUGGAGUGCCCCUGUGGCCUCCAAUAUAUGGGUAUGACCACCAGAUGCCUAAAGAUAAGACUAGCAGAACAUUGUAGGAAUAUAAGAAAUGGGUACCCAAAUCAUUCUGUAUCCAAGCACUUUAUUAACCAUAAUCAAGACCCAAAAUUUCUCCAAUGCUUAGGAAUCCAAAAAUGCCAAAUACCUUGGAGAGGUGGAAAUAUAAAAAAUAUUCUUGGUAGAUCAGAGAUGGAAUGGGUAUUUAACUUACAGACCCUAACGCCCCAAGGUCUAAAUGUAGAUUUUGACUUAUUUAAUUUUUCAUAAUUUUAAAAAAAUUUCUGUUUUGUUCUUUUAUUCAUAAUACUUUUAUUCAUAAUACUUUUCUCUGGAUUUUACUCACUUGUCUUUUAUUAAGUAGUUUUAUUAUACAGACCUAUUAAUUUAAGUUAUUUGAUUUUUACUUAUUUAUUUAUUUACUUUUGUAAAUUAUCGAUUUUGGGCUGUAUUUAUUUUAUGUUCUUUCUGGAUAUUAAGGCAGAUCUCUUACUGCUUUUUCUUAUAAUUUACCGGUACUGUUUAUUCUAUAGUCUUUUAAUCAUUGCUUUCUAACUAAAUUUCUAUUGUAUUUUAUGUAUUAUUUUAUGGUAUGUGUCCAUAACUACAAAUCCCAUAAUUCCCUCGGCUUCGGUCACGUGACCCGCGGGUAUUGGUGCUAUGUGACGUCGCGGGUCACGUGACAUAGCCCGAUCCCGCCUUGCCGUCCGUGCGUGCCGCCUCUCUCUGCACUGGCCGCACGGACUGCCUACAAAUCAGCUUACUACGUGCGGUCACGUGGCCCAGGCACUACAGAUUCCAAAGUGCAUUGCGGGUCACGUGACGCACGCAAAUUAUUUAUUUUAAGUUUACAUAAAUUUUAUAUCAAAUAACCCUCGUUUUUAUAUUAUAUAUAUACAAACACCAUUGUAUGUUUUAAUAUAUUACUGCUGUAUAUUAUUUUUUAUCAUUUGAUUGUGCAUUUUUUAUUUACACUUUGCACAGCCCUAAUUGGUGAUCAUUUUUGGCGCCAAUUUUGAAUGUAUGUAUAAGUUAUAUAUACUCCCUAUGUGCCAGGUACUAAUACUAUUCUAAUUUGAUAAAGCCUCUACGGCGAAACGCGUUAUUGGUUUUAAAAUUCUAUAUUAAUAAAUUACUUUAUAUAGUUUAUCCUUUUUACUAUUUUAUCUUCAUUUAUCGUUCCUGGCAUAUCCUAAGGUGGGGAUUAUACCACCCAUGCGAAUAAUAGAGUGCAGAAAGGACUGCACUCUACCUGUGAGUAUAUUUUAUUUAUUUUUAAUUCCUUUGCUAACUACCUCACCAGAGAGCACUAUUGGCUGUUUUUUUCUUUUCCUGAGAGUUGGACACCAGCACUCUCCAGGAGGACAAGCACCCCCAUAAGCGGAGGGUUAUCCGCUGUAUGCCCAUCAUACUAGAGCUGGUCCUAGCUCAUGGAAAUGUGAGUGCGCAAUUUAUAUUUUAACUUCACUAUCAUGUAUUUCUACAAUCUGCAUGACUGGUUCUUUCCCAUUGUGUCUUUCAUAUCGUGAGACGGACGACUAUUAACAAAGAAGACACCAUACCAGUUCGGACAACAUUUAAUACUGGGACUCUUUUAUAUUAUACUCAACAAUUUUAUACUGGGACUCUUUUAUAUUACAUUUAACAAUUUUAUCUGUACAAUAUUUUGGCGCAGCCUUUUCUCUGUUUUUCUGUAGACGCCCAUGUAUAGUCUGGAUUGAAAUACAACAUCAACUCAGUGAAAUAGAAUCAAUAUGCACACAGUUUAUGUCAAAACAAAGAUGAUGGACAAACAGAACAAACAGAUGAAGAUGAUUCUUUUAAAUUUCUUGUAGACCUAAUUUUCUCAAAGCCUAAUUGGAAACCAUGCAUUGCAAAAUAGUGCAAAUUAAGAUGCAAAAAUAUUUGGGUCAUAUCGUUCUAAUUGUCUUUCCAUUAAAAUAUAAACAAAAACACAUAAAUAUAUUUAACUUGGUCUGUGAUCACAGAAAGCUAUUACACUAGACUAGACUAAUGAUGACCAGGGUGCUAUUGGCCAUCUGGAAUUGUUUAUCAUCUUGGUAUUCUUCUAAUGAUUUGCUCAGAUGCUCAGAAAUUGGAUAUACAACACACAUUCUGUGUUUGUAACAAAUCUGUGCUUGUGUUAGCUUGCCGGCCACAAACAAGUUCUAUGUGAGAACAUACUCUACCUUGGCAAAGAAAUUAUCUGUGAAAUGCACCAAAAUAAUAUCAAAACUGUCUUAUUAAAAAUCUUUUGAUCUAUGGAUUGCAUGGAAAACAGGCAAAAAUAGAUUUUGCAAGAUGAAAAAAUAUCAAUCCCUAUUUUAUUUUCAUGUGUUUUUCUUACUGUUAUGGCAUUGACUGUAAAUGUUAGAAUGUGAUGUAUUGGAUUUCUUUAUUAUGACACUUUAUUAUGCCACUGUUUUGGGGGCAUUUGUUUCAUGGACAUGAAAAAAAUUCAUGCACAAUCUUUGGUGAACAUGUAUUGUGGCUAUGCAACGUGUGUGUGUGUGUGCUGCCUCUCAGUGUGUAUGGUGCAAACAACACUCUUUUUGUGUACAGAUUUGUUGUAAAAAGUUCUUAAUUUAAAGGACCACUCUAGGCACCCAGACCACUUCAGCUUAAUGAAGUCGUCUGGGUGCCAGGUCCAGCUAGGAUUAACCCAUGUUUUUAUAAACAUAGCAGUUUCAGAGAAACUGCUAUGUUUACAAAUGGGUUAAUCCUUCCUCCAAUUCCUCUAGCGGCUGUCUCAUUGACAGCCGCUAGAGGCGUUUGCGUGAUUCUCACUGUGAAAAUCACAGUGAGGGCACGCAAGCGUCCAUAGGAAAGCAUUGCAAAUGCUUUCCUAUGCGACCGGCUGAAUUCGCGAGCAGCACUUGCCGCGCAUGUGCAUUCAGCCGAAUGGGAUGAACGGAGGAGGAUCGGAGGAGGAGAGCUCCCUGCCCAGCGCUGGAAAAAGGUAAGUUUUUACCCCUUUCCUCUCCCCAGAGCCGGGCAGGAGGGGGUCCUUGAUGGUGGGGGCACCCUCAGGGCACUAUAGUGCCAGGAAAACAAGUAUGUUUUCCUGGCACUAUAGUGGUCCUUUAAGGUUCAGUUUUCAUGCCUAGAGUAGUCUCCUAUUAAGGGUUGCCUUUGUCUUGUUUUCUUUUCUUGUGCUAAUUUGCAUGCAGGUUCAUGUUCAGUUUGCAUUUACAUUUCUAGCUUAAUUUGUGUUUUCAUUUUUGAUCCCAUGGGGACACUUCUGAUAAAACUAGUGCUGCGUAAUCUCUACUGAGAGUUCUAAUCUUUCUUUCUGAGAUAACUAUAGUGGUCAAUAUUGUAUAGCACACUAACACUCGAAAAUAAAAUGUACCCUAGACCAGUGUUCCCUAACCCAGUCCUCAUGGAUCACAACAGUCCAGGAUUUAUGUGUGUCCCUGUUUUAUUCCAAUGGAGAUACUGACAAAACCUGGACUGUUGGUGAUCCAUGUGGACUUAAUUGGGGAACACUGCCCUAGACCAGUGGCGGAUGCAGGGGGGGGGCAACGGGGCAAUUGCCCCCCCCCCGAGAAAUCCGCUGGUCUCCCUCUCCCUCCCCUGCCAGCACAUGCAGGUGCUAGCCCUGCAAUGUGCCUGCGGACCAGAAGGGAGAUCACAGAUCUCCCUCCCCGGUCCGCAGGCACUGUGCUGGCGGCCGGCGGCGGAGGGAGGGAGUGAAAGGGAGGACCCGGAGCUCAGUCUGCAGCUCCUCCGGGUCCUCCUCUCGUGAGAUUUGGAGCGUUGCCGCGGUUACCACGGCAACGCUCCAAAUCUCGCGAGAGUGAACUCUAGCCCGGGAGCGUGGGCUAGAGUUCACUCUCCACACUGGACCACCAGGGAAUCACCACUGGGACCACCAGGGAUCGAAAUAUGUCCCCCCUCCUCGCCAGUAAAGGUAAGAAGGGAGGGGGGACAUAGGAUAUUUAUUUAUUUUAAUUAAAUUUAAAAAAAUAUAUAUACAAUAAAAAAAAAAGCCACACACACAUACAUUGCCCCCAAUACUGCCCCCCCAAUACACACAAACUGCCCCCCCAUUCACACAAACUGCCCCCAUACACACAAACUGCCCCCAAUACACACAAACUGCCCCCAUACACACAAACUGCCCCCUAUACACACAAACUGCCCCGCCAUACACACAACUGCCCCCCAUUCACACAAACUGCCCCUAUACACACACAAACUGCCCCAUACACACAAACUGCCCCAAUACACACAAACUGCCCCACAUUCACACAAACUGCCCCUAUAAACACAAACUGUCCUUCCCAUUCACACAAACUGCCCCUAUACACACAAACUGCCCCCAUACACACAUACUGCCCCCAUACACACAUACUGCCCCCCCAUACACACACACUGCAACUGUUACACACACAUACUGUCCCACACAUACACUGCAUCCCUGACAUACACUGCCGCCCUCACUCACACACCACAACCUUCACACACACUCUGCACCCCUUACACAUUGCACCACUCACACACACCACUGGUCCUAUGCCCUACUACAGCCCCAUUUCCCAGCAGAUCUCAGGUAAGUUGUCAAACUGUUCUUAAACGGUUUGACUACUUACUGUGGGAGGGGGUCCCGGCACUAUUGACACCAUAACCACUACACUGAGCUGUAGUGGUUAUUGUGUCUGGAUUAUUUCUUUAAAUAAUCUACAAGUGCCCCUCCCGAGAUCAGGCUCUGGAUCCGCCACUGCCCUAGACCGUGGAUUUCAGAAACUGAUGUUCCCUAUAAACUUGUUUUUGAACUGUAAGGCAUCCAUUCCUGGGUUCCAGUGUUCAAUUCCUGAGUUGCUAUUAGCUUCAUGCACCUUAUCACUUAUUCAAACCACUAUGUUGUUAGGUUUCUUUUUUGCAGACCAAUCUAAGAAUUGUGUAUACUUGUUACAUGUAAUGGAGCACAGCACUCAGCUUGAGUGUUUCCCUCUUUGAGCGCUGGAUACCAGGGGUGGUUAUAGCUGUUAUAGCUGUCUCACCCAAACACUAGCCAAGACUCUGAGAUGGGUAAAUAAGAACUAUCAUUAUUGGGAACAAGGCACACUUUUAUACACAUGACCCCAUCAUGGGGACCAUGGUUAAGAAUAACGAAAGUACCAUCCUGGGAUCUCUGAGUCUGCGAGAUAAGUAUAUCAGUAACCACUAAGUUAGUUAUCGACCAGACAAGAGGGCGCCAUUACAAUAUAUCCCCCAAAACACAUAAAAAUAUAAAUAACCCCCAAAAGUAUUUGAUCCCCCGAUAGCUCUGAGGUCCGGUCACCGGCUGGGAUUGGAGUGCAUGCAGUGCCUGGUGUAGUGAAGGGGAAACCUCAAGGAGUGUGAGAACAACACUUAAGGGGGAAAAAAUGACUCUUCAUUGUGCAGUUCUGACACAUUACAAAACUGUAAAUUUUUGUAAUCAUAUACCAAUAGUAUAUGCUGUAAAACCUGCAAAAAACUAGGAUAGGGAUGGAGAUGUCACGGAGUAUAACUCUAACACGCAGAGUUUAGGAAAGCAAGGAACGGACUAAGGAAAUAUAAAUGUCUUACCGGGCCUUAGAGUGGCCAGACUUAACGUUAGACAGAGUAAAGCGUAAUCGAAAUACAAGCCGAGGUCAGGGUAACGGAGAGACAGUGAAAACGAGAACUAGCCAGAGUCAGGUACACGGUAAUAAUCAUAAGGGCAAAUAUGACAGGCAAGGGUUAAAGAGAAACUCAGAGUCAGGAAACAAAGCCAAGGUUAAUACCAAAAUGAAAACCUAUAUCACAAGGAACGCACUAAAGGGUACUGGGAACAGAAACCACAAUAGGGCACAGAAUCUAGGGCCAAGUAAGUUAAAUACGUUUAUGUUUAAUUUGAUUGGCCCAUGUCAUGCCUGCGUCCCAAAAUAUGUGUUAAUGGGGGCACCGGAAUGACGAGGACCAAUGGGAGCUGACCCUUUAGAACGUGCAAGCAGCGUUCACAAUACUGUGCGGGCUGCGCGCCCAAACAGGCUGUUCGCCGUGUGGCCUGCCAGGAGCCAGGAGUGUUCAAGUCGCAUGCGGCUCGAUCAGAGGACCCCUGCCGGUACAUGGACCUGGUAAGUAUCGUUACAGGAGAGUAUGCAAGCAACAGCACUGCUCAUUCACACAGAAUUUUCCCAUCAUCUGUAAUGACAGGUUCUUCAUAUUUAUCUAUUUCUAGCCUGCACCAUCAUCUGA